CAGAGGAAAGCUUGGGGAUUACUAGAAAAGGUAUGGAUUGACACACAGAGACGCCAUUGCGCGUAACAACGAUGCUGAAAGCACAGUGAUCAGUGUUGUUGUGCCUGUCAUUCAUCAUGGCGCAAGCAUGAACCAUUAAUCCAGACUCCCACCACCUUCCAUUGAUGAUCGAACAUCGAACCGUUUUAUGUCCGCGGAAGAAACCCUAUAUCUCAGUUAUCGAACAUCAAGGACGAUAAGGACAUGACGAGCUUAUUCCGAUCAUCCAUUUAUCUUUUGUCUCUUGUCAUUGAUUUCGAUCUCUGGUUCGACAAAAAUAUGGCGGCUGGACAGGUCGUUAUGCGCGCCAAGUAUAAGACAUCUGUUAAAGACCCUGGCAUCCAAGGAGUGCUUAAGAUGACCUGGGACAAAUUUACAUUUGCUACAAAUGAUCCUAGGUCAUCUGUAAAGCUUGAUGUGGGGUUUAAAUCCAUUAAAGGUCACAAGUUCAGCAAGGAGGGAUCGAAACGGGCACUACUGAAUCUUACACAAGAUCAGGGUGGAGGUUACAUUUUCGAGUUUGACAAGUUCCCUGAUCGUGAUGUUUGCCGAGAUUUUGUGGGUAAAGUCCUUGGGAAACUUCAGUCUAUUGUUCUGUCUGGACAGGAUGUUAAAGUGGUUUCAGAAAGAUCUCCUGCUACAGUUCAAGAUGAACAACUUAGUCCAGAAGAAAUGGAGCGCCGAAUGAAGUUGUUGCGAGAUGAUAGUGAGCUGCAGAAAUUGCACAAGCAAUUUGUCAUCACUGGCAUCUUGACAGAAGCUGAAUUCUGGGCGACAAGGAAGAAAUUGCUUGACGCUGAUGGCAGUAAAACGUCGAAACAACAAGUGGGGUUCAAAAGUGCAAUGCUUGCAGAUGUUAGGCCCCUGACUGAUGGUCGGACCAAUAAGGUUUUGUGCAACUUCUCUUACAAAAUAAUUGCUAAGGUUAUUCCGGCAAGAUUUAGAGUAGAUGCUGGUAGAACUCCAUCUCGAAUUGCUUCAAGUUCUAUUGCAGAUGCGGAGAAACUGGAUCCAUGGGUACAUUUGGCUGUUUGGUAG